AGAUCAUCAUCCAGGAUUUUCACAAUUAAUCAGUAUUGCUGAUGGUAAUUUGGAUGAAGGUGUAUCAGUAAAUCAGUCAAUGUCAUCUUCAUGUUCGGCACCAUCAUCAUCAUCAUCAUCAUUAGACGUUAUGACAUCAUCUUCUACUUCACUGUCGACACGGCGAAUGGGGAUGUAACACUAACAACAGAAGAUUCAGUUAUCCCAACUAAUAUAACCACAUACCAUACAGUGAAUAUUACAGAUAAUACAACUUUAUAUAUGUUGAAUUUUGCGGAUAUAAACGCUGCUGGCCAUUCAUUCUUUGAAUCGACUUGUACUAAUUUGAUGCCUGAGAAUAGUGAUAAUCCUCACCAAACAAUGAUGGUAUCAGUCCCUGAUCCUAUCUAUCAUCAGACAUCCGUAUUUUCAGAAGGGAUAGUUGUUUCUUCUUCAUCUGUUGAGACACUUUCUUCAUCAACACUUCCAUCAUCAUCUUCAUCACUGUCAUCAACGGUGUCGGCAUCGUCGUCAGUAGCAGCAACAGCAGCCGGAGCCACGAUAUCAUUACAUCCGAACAUAUUAUUACCGAUUCAACUGACGACUAAUUCAUUCUCACCGAAAUCAUCUACUGUAUCUACUAUCGGUCAUAAUAGUAGUACUGGUGAAGAAGUUAUUGUUUCAAGUAAUCCUUGGUCAACAGUUAUGUCGUGUCAUCCGGAACCUAGUCUGUGUUAUUUAAUUACAGCAACAGAACCUAUUGAAACUGAGGUUUCAUGUGAUACUGGUAAUAGUGAUUGUAAUCAUACGAAUGUUCAUACUAUUACUAACAACAAUAGUGAUAUUCAUAUAGACGAUGAGCUUGGUGAUAAUCCAGGGGAUCCGGCUGGUGUUAAUGUAGAGGAUAAUAUUAGAUGUGGUGGUGAUGCGUCGAAUUCCUUGAAUGUUGUGAAAGAACAAUCAAUCUCAUCUGUAGAUAUUUUAAAUUCAUUCCAGUCUGAAGUAAAUCAUAUGAUAACUGAUGGUGUACUGAAAGCUGAUUGUAAUUCACCACAAAUCCAGUUGAAUGAAAAUUGUAUAUUCUAUGAAUCAUGUUCAUCAUCCUUGUCUACAGCUAUUUCUUCUGCUUGUUCUUCUUUGUCCAUGUCAUCAACAUUUUGUCCAUCUACAUCAAUAUGGCGUCCAAUUGAUGAUCCAGUUGGCUUUGAUAGCAUUGCAAAACACCACCAACAUCAUCCAUUUCAAAUUCCUAUGGCUUCACAUUGUUCUACUACUAAUGCGGCAUAUAUGUCUUUCCCUGGUGAUAAUUAUCAUAUGAAAGACCCUAGUCAUCAAAGUCAUCAUCAUCAUCAUCAUCAUCAUCAUCAUCAUCAUAGGGUGCAUCAGUUGUUUCCAAUUAUUUCGGAAUCAUCUCACGAUGAUUUCCCUGACUGUGACGGUAAUAAUAAUGUUCAUAAUGUUGAGAGUAGCGAUGUAACUGAGAAUAUCAUUACUUCUACUAAUACCAAUGUCAGUAACACACCAGUCAGUCAGAUGACUACAAAUCUGCUGGAUACAAAUAUGAUAAUAUCGUGGAAUCCACCAAACAAUAAUGAUAAUACUAAUACUAAUAAUCCUUCGACAGACUUUUAUCAUUAUCAGCAUUGUUCACCUAAAUUUCCAUCACCAGAUCCUGGUAAUCUGUCUCCUUCACCAAUUCUCUCUGAUCAUCAUCAACAUCAAUUUGAAUUGCCCAACUUCUCUUUAUCCCAAUCUAAUCAUCAGAACAUGUUGAAUCCAGUGGGAAGUUUCGUUGGUGCAUCUUUAACAUCCUCAUCGUCAUCAUCAUCAUCAUCAGUAUCGUGUGAUAGUAAUUCAAAUGAUUCUACCAACUUUUUACGACAAUUCUAUCAUGAUACAUCUCCAAUUAGUAAUGUUACACUUACUCAUGGAGAUAAUUUUUCUCUUUUGCCUAGUAUCCCUAAUAUAGUAAUGAGCGAAAGGAAUGUCUGUUAUCCUACUGGACAACUGAAUGAUGAGUUUCAUGAUAUCUCAGAUUCUGCAGAUCAAUGUUCAAAUUUUUCUGUUGGCUAUCUGAUUGGGCAUUCUUCUAUACCGUCAUCAUCAUCAUCGUCUUCAUCAACAUCAUUAUUAUCUGCUUCAAGAUGCGUUGUAAUGCAAACUGAGCAAAAUGCUAUUAUCAUGCCUUCUGUUUGUUCUUCUACAACAACUGGUACUGUUAAUUAUCUGAAUAAUUCUCUUCCUCAUCCUUCUGAUCAACAACAUCAUCCUAGAUCUCUUUCAUCACAGUUAAGUUUCUCAAAUGAUCCUAUUGACUAUGAAUUUGUUUAAAUGGGAAUAAAUGACCUUGAAUCAACUAUUUAUCUGACUAACAUCAAUCUUUCCAAUAUGGUGGUAAUGUGUACAGAGAGAAUAAAAUGUAGUAACACGUUUUUAAUGGAGUUUUUAUCUUCUUGAUUUCCUUCAUUGCUUCCUUUCUUUCACAUGUAGUAUAUACAUUGAUGAUAUUUUAAUCGAUUUAAAUAAUGUAUAUUCAAUGUUCAACGGUUGAAGUUUAUCGUUGUUGUUGUACAGUAUGUGUUGCACUUGGAUUUAUAUUUUCAGCCUUUUGAUUUCAAUGACUUCAAUUUUUGUUUUGUUUGGAUUUUUGUAUAUAAAUAUAAAGAUGAAUAUGUAUACUUGCUAAUUC